AUGUCGGCGUUGACGGCGUGCGCGUUGUCCCCGCGCGCGAGCGCGGCGGGGCACGCGUCUUCAUCCUCGCCGCCACCGCGGAGGGACUACGCCGCGCUCUUCGAGCGCGGCAGGAACGGCGGCGCUCCUCCGCUGUUCCUGGCACCAAUGGAAGGUUUGGGCGAUCGACGUCUCCGACGAGCGCUCGCGUUCAGCACCGGCGGGUUCGACGAGGCGUGUCGGGAGUUCACGCGCGUUCCCGGGGUGCUAUCGCAGGGCGCCAACCCGGAGAAGCUGCUGCGGGGCAUCGCGCUGACCGGCUACGACGCGGACGAGCUGACGGACUGGGAGAGGUUCGCGUGGCAUCACGACGACGUCCGCGGCGACGCACCACCUCCGACGUCUCGCGCGCCGAACCUCCUCGCCGCGCAGCUCAUGGGCUCGAACGAGGACCUCCUCGAGCGAUGCGCGCGGUUCCUCGCGCACCAGGGCGGCGCCCCGAGGGUCGACCUCAACUGCGGCUGCCCCGCCAACGUCGUCACGGGCAAGGGCGCGGGGUCGUCGCUGCUCCGAGACCCGCGCGACGUCGAGGCGAUGACGCGCGCGGUGGCGCGGGGCGUCGCCGGGACGGGAUGCGCCGUGACGGUCAAGCUCCGCAGCGGGUUCGACGACCGCGGGCUCCUGAGGGAGAACCUCCUGGCGGCGCAAGCGGGGGGCGCGUCCUUCGUCACGCUCCAUCCCCGGACGCGAGCGCAGGGAUACUCGGGCCACGCGGCGUGGGAGGACAUAGGUUUCGCGGUGGACCUGCUGUCCGUGCCGGUGGUGGGGAACGGGGACGUGACGAGCGCCGCGUUGGCGUCAAAGAUGCUGCGCGACACCGGGUGCGCCGGGGUGAUGAUAGGACGUGGCGCGGUGCAGGACCCGCUGGUGUUCCGAAGGUGUCGAGCGGCGCUGUCGGAUGAAAACUUUCGCCGGGGUACUUCCGGAGACGCUUCGGUUGGAUACGCGUGGGAGAUGACCGCGGAGGAGGAGGCGGAUGAAAUUCGGGGUUUCCUUCGAAGGUUCGCCGACGAGGUGUUCGGGGAGGCUGAGAGGCAGGAGGCUGAGGGCAAACGUCGUCGUCGGCGGGGUCGGUCGCCCGCAGAGGAUUCCGAGAGGUUCAAGGUUGGCAAGCUGAAGCAGGUGUGCAAGUACCUCUUCGCCGGAAACGACGCGCUGCUCCCGCACGUCGCGGGGGUGCUCGGAACCGAGGUUGACCUGGACGCCGGGAUCGACGCGGCCAAGCUGCUGCGAGACGUGGAGGAACUGGUGGCUGAGCGGUGGCGGGGCGAGCCCCGGGAGGUCCUCGUCGACGCGUUCAGCCUGAGGACGGCGUACCAGGGCUCGGCGGACGCGAGCAAGGACGCCGUUCGAACGUGA